UAAUGAUUAUCGUCAGUAUGAAUUAAUGUGAGUCGUUGAAAAUGACCGCAGAAAUUACCAAUUAUGAACACUUUCGGUGUCCCAUUUGUUUCUUUAUUUUAAUUGAACCAGUGUCAUUACCAUGUAACCACAAACUAUGUCUAGCUUGCUUCGAUAAGCAAGUUGAAGAAGUCAACUACACUUGUCCGAUUUGUCGACAUAGAAUUAGUAACUGGGCAAGAACUGUUUCUAGAGAAAACAACCUUAUUGACGAAGAGCUAUGGAAUAAAAUUCAGAAUGAGUUUCCAACGACAGUCAGCGAUCACAUUCGAAGAAAAAUAUCGCUGGGUCUUAUCUCUGCCAAAUGUCUUUGUUUAACAACUCCUUGUUCUUGUACAAUUGGCCCUAAGCACUGCACAGAUACUCCAGAAAAGAAGGCGGUGUCACAUAUAUUUGCACACCCUGGCGAAAUUUCUCGGGAGUACCAACUCGAGCUGCAAAAGGUGCGCGAAGAAUACAAACUCGAAAGACAGGAAGAAAUGAAAGCUAACGAAGAUUUCAUCCUUGCAAAUUUAACUAGUGAAAGCAAAAGAAGGAGGCUCAAAAACUUCCUUCAAUUACAACAGACUACACCUGCAGAUCAGACAACAACGGUGACAUCGAAGCUAUCAGAUCAAGGCCCGGUGCGAAGUCGAUCGGCGACAGGUGUUAGCAGUAACAACGGUGGUGAUGAAAAGAGCACAAUCUACAGGUCUCCCAGCACCAGUUCAAUUGAUUCGAUAACUCCGGAAGUACAGGGUUACCUGUUCAAGCCAAUCCAUUGUUCACCUCGCACUCCCCCUCGAAAAUUCGGGCAGUCAUCGGUGCCAAAGCAGCCCAUGAUGCCACCUUUCGUUUCUUACCCUCCAGUCAUCAGGUCAGUGCCCAGAGUCAUGGACGGCUGCGACACUAGCUCAGAGUCAUCAUUUGCGUCAUCAUGCUCCUCGAUGAGUAACUUCAGGGGUGGUCCUCCUCAGAAGUUUAGGAGGAGAUACCCCACCCGAGCUGCCACCAGAAGGGCUGUGGUGUCAAUGGGUGCCAGUGGCGUGGCAUGUGGGGGUUUGGGCAGGGAGGGUUCGACGGGAUCGAGUGCUCACAGUGGUUUCGUGUCUCCUAUCGUGGACUCCUUCAGCAACCUUGGUGCUACUUGUAACCAGUCUGGCAUGGGGGGUAACAAGGGUGGCACUCUAGUGGCCAGUAGUGACUCCCUCAUGGACCUGGUGUCUGAGUCGCUGCACCUGCACCACCAGCAACACACCCUCCACACCUCACCCGACCACACCUGUCUCUCAUCGGCAGCCGCCCUAGCCAAUCGAACGGUGGGUGGAUGUGUCGGACUUCAAGGUGUGCAAGGGGCAACAGCAAUGAACAAUCCAAGUCCCUCUCCCACCAAUACACGCAGUGGCAGGUCAUCACGUCUUGCAGCUCCUUCGACAGGUGGUCCCGGAGGAAAGAGGAAGCAGCAGCCACCAGACGAGAAAGAGAACUCGGUGGCCCCUCGUGUAGAGAUGCCUGAGUACAAGAAGCUGCGCCUCAACCCCGCUCUCUUCCAGCAGUCGUUCGAGUAUGCUCAUUUGAACAAAGACGAAUCGGCUGCAGCAGCCGCCGCCCUAGCUCUCUCUGCUUCGUCAAAUAAAUUAGACCCCUCUUUGUUCGUAAACAGUCGACGGUCAGGAGUCGAAUUUCUCUCAAUGGAGGCCUACAAGCAGUAUGUUGCAAGUAGAGAUGCACAGAUUAAACUGGAUCAGAAGUUAGCGAAAGAGCUGAGUCAGAAUAAUGAUGAGUGUGAGGCUGACGACAGCAAUUCGGGCUCAAGUUCUCCGAUAGAGGAGAGAACCUACUCAUUGAGAAAGCGAAAAGUAAACUACAGACAAUGAACAUUAAAUUAUCCCCCAAAUAUCUGCAUUGACAAUAUAAAUUAGCUUUCUCUCCUGUCCAAAUGCCUUCGGUUGUUGUUCACACCUACAGAUUUCUUACAUUAUACCUAUUUCAGUUUUUUUGAAAAAAUACGGGAAGUUUUUGAAUCUGAAGCUAUUUUUUAAGGUUGUUGGACAAGAAAGAUGAAGAAAAGCAAACGAUAAAAGAUUGGUCUUCACUUUUUAAUAUUGCGUAAUGUUUUAUUGGAUACGUAAGUAUUUUCUUUUCAUAGAGUAUUUUCGCUUUUUAUAAUUAUUCCGUUUUGAACGCAAUGAAAAUUUUGAUUUAUUUUUUAUCUUGAAUGUUAUUUGAUUCGCUUAAUUUGUUUGUUGUCGUGUAACGAAAAAUGGCAUUAUUUGGAUUCUGAUUGAUAAAUUGUUCAUUUCUGUCGUUAUGUGACUCUGCGCAAUGAGAUUAAAAUUAUGCUUGCACUGUUUAGAUUUAUUUUAGAUUAAAUGGAAAUGUUUUUGAAAUAGUGCAAUUCAAUGUCUGAAAAAUGGA